UGCUCCUGCUUAAACAUGAGAGUCGUUGCCAUUCUCGUCACCAUUUUGGCAGUCUCAUUGGCUGCCCCAUCAGGACCAGGAUUUUACUCUGAGGAGGCGGAUGCGUCGAAGAAGGUAGAGAAGUUCUCCCUUGAAGGUCCUCUUCUGCAGGACGAAAACAUCAGUUUGAAAAAGGAGGUGGAGACUCAAGAAGUACCGGAAGUUGUUGCGGUUGAUGAUGAGGAAAAGAAUGAUGCCAACGAGGCCCCGUACAGGAAGCCGACCAUCGACGAUUACAGGGAUCUGUGCCGAACGAGCAAUGGAGUCUCAUACGGAGAAGUUGCGAUUUUCGGUGAGAAGUUGGGCGAUGAUGCUCCACAGGAAAUGAAAUGCUACGUUCAGUGCAUACAGGAGUAUCUUGAAGACAAACGCGAGAAAAUAAUGAAGAAGUAUAAUGACAUAUUUUGGAAGACCAUAGAGGUCGUGGAUGAGACUAGAGACCAGGCUGCAAAGUUAAAAAUCUGCGAAAACAUAGGUUGGAAAAUACAGGAGCCGGCGCUCCUCGUGUGA